AUGAGCGAUGAGGGAUUCUUGAUGAAUCUACCUUCUCAUAUUAUUGUCGAAAUUCUCUCGAGUCUUCCAGCCUUAACUGCCAUAAACUGCAAGAUUGUUUGCAAGAAAUGGCUCAGCCUAAUCUCAACUCCUGAGUUUGCUAAGUUGCAUCUUUCCAAAUCAAAUCCUGGCCUUGGUGUCUUCCAACAUGAGCCAGGAGGCGGAGAAGUUUGCAGGCUAUUCGAAUUUGACCAUCAUGAUAUUCACUCUGAUCCAGUGAUCAAAUUUGAGGUGUCAGUAUCACUUGGCAUCAGCCAUGGUGUAACGGGGCAUGUAGGUUCCAUCAAUGGCUUGGUUUGUUUACGCAAUUUUGGUCAUGAAUCCGAUACUCUAUACAUAUGCAAUCCCAUUACCCGGGAGUAUGUGGACCUUCCAUUACUCGACGUGCCCUUUGAAAAUCCCAGUCAAGUCACUUACGGGUUUGGAUUGAGCACAGUAAGUGGAAAAUACAAGGUUGUAAGAAUUUUCCACGAGGGUGUCAGUGAUCCAACAACAGGGGCAUGGUUAAGUAUUUCAAGGUCUGAUUGCCAUGUAUACACCCUUGGUACAAACUCAUGGCGAGACAUUGGGGACGUUCCAUUUGGGUAUAGUUGUCGUUCUGUCGGUCCAUAUUUCAAUGGAAAUCUUCAUUGGGUGAUACAAGAUUUAGAGGGCUCUGAGUUGAUUUCUUGUUUCGAUGUUGAAAAAGAGUCAUUUCAGCCAUUCCCCCCUCCUUUUCCCGGUGAACGACAUAAAAGAAGUCUUCACAGCCUUGGAGUCGUCGCAGGUUGUCUAUGCCUAUGUGACAAUACUUCAGAUUCUGAAAUUGUCAUGUGGGUUAUGAAGGAAUAUGGAGUAAAGAAAUCAUGGAUCAGAGAAUUUAUCAUCAGCAAAGUGCCAGAUUUCGCAGGGCCUGCAUGUGAAAUGGUUUAUGCUUUAAAAAUUUUCGAAAAUGGUGAUAUAUUGCUCACAUUGGAGGACUAUUGCUUGUUUUUCUACAGGAACCAAAGCAAAACUCUGCAAAAAGUUGAAGCUGGUCCUAAUUAUACUAUUCAGACAAUGCUUUAUAUACAAAGUUUUGUUUCAGUCAAGGAUUUUGUACUAAAAGAGAAUGUAAGGGUGUUCUGA